GGUGAGGGCGGGGCCGUUUCCCCCUUGCUGUGUGGCGUGGAGUGAUGUGGCAAGAGAGGAUACGGACGUAGACGACAUCCGAGCAGAAACCAGUGAUUUUGAAAGGUGAAAUAAUUGGCAAUGCACCCGUGCGCUUUAGAAGUGCGAUGGAUUCGCGUUUAUUUUAACCUCACCUAAACUAUAACAUCGAAGUCGACCGUGCAAUCCUCAAACACGGAUACGGACUCGCUUCCAUCGUAAACAGCAUAGUGGAAAAUAUUCGUUCCAUUUUGAUUCCGUUAAGCAUCCAGUGUUUUCGAAAGGAACCGAAGCAUGGCGUGGCCCUGUAUCAGCAGGGCGUGCUGCAUGGCCCGCUUCUGGAACCAGAUGGACAAAGCUGACAUUGCGGUGCCUUUGGUGUUCACUAAGUACACGGACGCCUCGGAAAUGCAUCACGUCCAGCUGCAGCCUCCAUUACGGGCCGGGGUCGCCAUAGAAACGCAGCCGCCUCGCACCCAGCGCCGCACGGUCACAGGUCCCCGCGCGCCGCGGAGGUGCGUGUCGGAGGAACGGGUGUGCAGCUCGGUCAUGAGGGAGGACUUUAAACACUGGAGAGUGCGACCCGAACCGAGCUUUAAACCCAAAAACGAGUACCACGGCCCGGAAAUACCGUUCAACAGCGAGACUCAGUACCAGAAAGACUACAAGCCUUGGCCUAUUCCGAAAAGGUACGACCACCCGUGGAUACCUAAGCCGCCCGCUACCAUCUCUGCGGGCGACGACCGUCCGCCGGAGAGGUCCAGACACGGGAAGCAGCACCUGGCAGACGCCGACGGCGGCGUGGAAAAGAGCGCUAUUGCUGACAAAGUGCAAGAAAAAGACCUGAUUCAGGGCCACGAAAGGAAAAAGAGGUCGAGCAAAAAGGCUGAAGGGGAGAAGAAAGUAGUCCUGAAGGUGGAAGGAGAAGGACGCGCGGCUGUGGAUGCGGUCAACAGGCAAAUUAAAGAGGAGAUUUCAGCCGGCAGCUCUUACAAAACUGAAUAUAAGGCAUAUAGGGAUGUGAAGCCUGCACAGAUGAUUCGGGCCAAGUCUCAGUACUUACCCCCAGAUGAAAAGACCAGGCUGGAAACCAGCUACAGUGCGACAUUCAAGGGACAAGCCCCGCUCCAACCUACUGAUAAUAAAGCCCAGGAGAGGAGGAGGAUACGCAGUUUGUACAGCGAGCCAUAUAUCGACCCCAUUAAACAGGUGGACAGGUCAACUGUACCUCGCACUAAAGCCAAAAAGCCCGCGGCUGUUGCAUAUGGCCAGGCCAAACCGCUGAAAAAAGCCAAAGAUAAGAGCAGCGCAGUAAGGGGCUCCAGGAAGAUGACCUCGGAGAACCAGCCCGUGAGCCGACCAGCGUUGGGGGACAAGGAGAAAAGGUUGUGCUAAAACAACACCACUACAUACAGCUCUGCCAGCCAAUCAGAGAUAUUGGCUGGGUGCAGACGCUAAAGCAACACCUGUGGGGCUGUGCACUACCCAAUCCCAGGUAACCCUCAAAAGAAUCACCUAGAGAUGUCGGCCAUAGAAAAAUGGCACUCAUUCUCAUUCAUGAGCACAGAGAUUUCAUAUUUUUGAAAAUAUUUCUUAUUGUUUCGAGGCACACUUUUAUUUAAGUGGUUAUCAACCACGAGUUACUUUGUAUUUCUCUUCCAUAUGGACACCAGAGUUGGUUUUGUUAGGUUUGGGGGGUUGGUUGCUGUCACCUCCUGCAUGUAAGCUUCUUUACAUGGAAAUCAGCCUGGAAUGCUUCGACUUUUGUUCACUAUAACUGCAUGUGAAUUGUUUAAUAAGCCCUCUAGGCUGAGGAUGCAAUUAAAGUCACUUUUAACCUGAUUUGAGGUUUGCUCAUUCUCAUGUUAUCAUAUCAUUUGAGUGGAUACAGAAAGUAAACACACACCUCUUAUAAUAGUUUCCAAUUUUCCGUCUAACUUUAUAUCAUUGGUUCUUAACCGAACCUUUUGGAAUUAGAUAAUAAAAUCUUUUGAAAUUCAAAACUGAUAUAUCUAAGCUAGCAUGCUAAAAUGUUUGCGAAAUUCCAUUCAAAAUUCUUCAUACUUAGCAUGUUUUAUAGACAGGUCAAAAUUUGAGACCACAUUGCCGUUAAGUCUGUUACACUUCCUCAUACCAAGUGCAAGUCAACCUUCCACUGAGCAAAGCAGAGUCUCCUUCCAUCAGAUGGAGGACAAGCAGUUAAAAGAAAUUGAUUAAACCCUGUAAAUUAGGGGAAAACCAGUCCAAAACCUGGUCUAAAAGGCCACUUUGCCGAGAUUUAGUCAUCGUACGAAAAUAGGGCUCUGCGUUUCUUAACCUUCACCAAACCCCUGACUUAGUGACGAACCCAGGUUAAGAAACAUUGCUUUAUAUCAUUAAAAUUACAGUCAUCAAAGAUAUGUGGCAUGAGCUAAAAGAUGUGUAGAGAAAAUAUCUAAAGAUACGGAAGAAAAUCAUUGAUCAUUAAUUCAAAUGUCUGAAAUGUUACAGUAACAAAAUUGCUUUGAGUGAACUGUAGCUGAUUGUAUUAAAUCGAUGAAUGCCCUUGAAAUUAUUCAAAUUGUGGCAGAAUUUGUAGUUUGGUAAAUAUCGCAUAGUCUCCGCUUGGCAAAAACACUUUCCUAAUCCACUUUUCUAACCCACUUAAGACUCGCUCCUAACUGUUUUUACAUUUCUGGACUGGUGCUGAUUUUAUGGGGCAGCUACUCGUUGCUUCAUGUUCGUGCUCAUACAAGCAAGCACGCCAUGCAUGAGCUGCAGUUACGCUUUAGGUCGGAGGUGGCAGUCUCGAGUAAAAAACUGACAAACUUCGUAUAGUCCCUUUAAGAAGAAGUUUUCAUAUGACUUUGAAUUGAAACAUCUUCUGAGAUGUGGAGAAUUCCCAGUAAACCUUUCAAUAAUAUUGUAAUUCAGUAUCUCCGUGUUUUCAGAAAUAAUGAAUGCCUUUUUACAGCUGCUUUUCAUACUGUAUUUAUCCACACAAACAACAACACUUUCUGUAUCCUCUGCAUAUGCACAGUAGUUUAUAAUUAAUUUGAUCUUGUCAUGGGGUUUGAACAUAUUCUCCAAGCAUGCCCUCACUGUUUUUUGUGGGACCUGCAAUCGAAAACAUAAUUCAGAAUAUUUGUGGAAUGUUAGAUGGGACGUACUGUCAACAGAGGUAAGUACAGAUGGGCUGAGGAGAGUCGAUAUGUAGUAGGUUGUGUCAAUUACUUUAAAUUUGAUUAGAAUGUGCACUUUAUGAAAUAUUUUUUAUUCAAGUCCUGUUAGAACACCCCGAGACCCUCAUUGCAUUGACCCACUUUUGAAUAUGUGGCAUCAAAAAUUAGGGCUGGACGAUCUCGCCAAAAAGGAUCAUAAAUCAAAAAAACUUUUUUUUUUUUUUUUAUGUUGUCUGAGCUUGAUUCUCUUCAUUUUUUUUUUUUUUACUUGGUUUGUAUUUUGUAACUGUAACUAGUAUUACUACUUGUAGUAGUACUACUAUGUAACUAGUAGUUUUAUACAAUGGUGUCUACCAUUGCCCAUCCAUCCAUUAUCUGGCACUUAAUCCAGGGUUGGGUCGCGGGGCAGCAGCUCGGGCAGGAAAUCCCAGACUUCCCUCUUCCCAGCCACUUUAACCAAUUCCUCCGGCGGGAUCCCAAGGCGUUUCCAGGCCAGCCAAGAAAUAUAGUUUCUCCAGUGUGUCCUGGAUCGUCCCCGGGGCCUCCCGCUAGUGGGACAUGCCCAGAACACCUCUCCAGGGAGGCUUUCAAGAGGCAUCCAAACAGAUGCCCAUGCCACCUCAGCUGGCUUCUCUCAAGGCGGAGGAGUAGCGGCUCGACCCGGAGUCCCUCCCAGAUGAUCGAGCUUUUCACCCUAUCUUAAAGGGACAGCCCGGACACCCUGCAUAGGAAACCCAUUUCGACCGGUUAUACCCAGGAUGUUGUUCUUUCGGCCCGUGACCAUAGAUGAGGGUAGGACCAUAGAUCGACUGCUCCUUCUUCACCACAACGGACCGGUACAGAGUCCGCAUCACUGCAAACACUGUACCAAUCCGCCGGAUCCAACAGGAUCCCAUCAACUCUUCGGCUGCGCUUUCAAAUUCUGUCCAUUAAAGUUAUGAACAGAAUCGGUGACAAAGGGCAACCUUGGUGGAGUCCAACCCUCACUGGGAACAAAUUCGACUUACUGCCAGCAAUGCGGACCAAACUCUGACAGCGGUUGUACAGGGACCGAACAGCCCUUACCAAGGGGCUCAGUACCCCAUACUCCCAAAGCACCCUUUAUAUGACUCCCGAGGCACUUGGUCGAACGCUUUCCCCACAUCCAACAAACACAUGUAUACAGGUUGAGCGAACUCUCAUGCUCUCUUGAGGACCCUGCCGAGGGUGUAGAGCUGGUCCACUGUUCCACGGCCAGGGCGAAAACCACUCUGCUCGUCCUGAAUCAGAGAUUCGAUUUCCCGAUGUAGCCUCCUUUCCCGCACCCCUGAAUGAACUUUAGGCUGGGGAGUGUAAGCCCUCUGUAGUUGGAACACACAUCCGGUCCCCCCUUCUUAAAAAGGGAGACCACCACCCUGGUAUGCCAAUCCAGAGGCACUGUCCCCUACAAUUGUACAG